AUGGGGAAGGAACAUGAUGCAAAACUGCAGGUGUGGAAGAGAGAGGUGCAGAAAAACGAGUCUGCUUGUAUGUUGUUACAGGAAGUUAUAUCAAAACUGCCGCCGUUAGCAGAGGAUGACAUGGAACUGAAUCGUACAGUAGACAUGAAUGAGGAAUCACUGCAACACUACAAGUUUUAUAACAAGGACAUAUUCAGUUACUGUUUGUCAGUUAUUGUACCUAUUAAGGAACAGUUGAAUGAAUGCCAGACAACUGAUGAUGUUUUAAAGGCAGCAUUGGAUGUGCUUAAAGGACAAGAAAUCCCCUAUUACAAGUGAGUAUAUUCGCAUGUUUGGUUUAUAUUUAGCAAAAAUUCUACAAAUUGGCCGAAUUAUCAUUUAUAAGUACAUGUACGACAUUUAUUUACAUUGCCACACCCAUAGGCCCAUACCCAAGUAUUUACAUUGUACCUCCCCCUCCCCCAAGAAAUACAUGCUUCCAUAAGUGCUCAGCUUCAAAUGGCUAUAAAGCCUCAUUUUCAUGAUUCGAGAUAUUAGGUUUAGAGUCUUUUACCUUUUUGGAGAUGGACACAUAUAUACUCGUACAGUUAUAUUAGAUAAUAUAUAGUAAAAGACCUUGAUAUAUUUUGAUCAUCCGUAACAAGAUAAAGGGCUCUGAAGCCAAUAUCUCAAUCCCGAAAACAAGGCUUAAUAGCCAAGGCUAAGUACAUUUCAGAAGGGUUUAUUGUGGCAUCCCCCACCCUCCUAAGAUAGUGGUCAAAAAUCACCUGUCUUAUAUGUUAAAAUAAAUGGGAUAACAGGCAUUUUGGAUUUUGAUUUAAAGGAUUGUUGGUGACAACCUAGACUUUGAAGUUCAUGCUAGAGUACAAAGCAAAUCACACAAUAACCAAUCCAUACACUGGACCCACCAAUAUGUAUAGGUUAUUUUGAGGCAACGAGGGGAUAUGUGAUUUAUUCACCGAGGCGCACAGCGCCGAGGUGAAUAAACACAUAUCCCCGAGGUGCCUCAAAAUAAUGUACUUAUUUUUCACACUGCGAGGUCGCGUUAAUGAGUCAGAAAAGAAAUAAUUCUUAAUGCCACAUUGCCUUCGCGAUGUUGUUUUUUCUCAUUUUUUGUGCUGCAAAGACAUGGCAGGUGAAUAUUAGAGGGGAUUAUUAAUUACAGGUGAAUAUUAGAGGGGAUUAUUAAACGGAAAUUGAUUAGAGGAGAAUAUUGAAUAUAUUCCCCGAUAAGAACAAAGGAAACCGAGCUGGGUGAAAAAUAAGGCAUCAGAGACAGAGUUGUAGAUCGUACAUUGGAGACAACCGAAAGGCAGAAACCAGUAAAUAAAAUCCAACUUUCAAGCUUGCUUCCAGAUGAAGCCACUUGCUUACGACUGCAAAAGCGAUGGGCUGUGCUUGUAAGCCGAGUUAUUACCACAUACCUCAAAGAAUUUCGGUAUCUCAAUAACCAUGCAUUAUGGCACAUUCCACAUAAAUACUCCACUGAAAUGGCACAGAAGUCUGAAAUUGUAAGUUAAAUGUUGCUUCAUAGCUUAAAAUGGAAUACUAUAGCACAGUACAUGCAGAAUAUUGCAUUUAAUAUAUAAUAACAUCACAUUCGAAUAUACUCAUAUUAGAUACUUCUCUGUUGUAGUGUUCCCUGGAUUUGGAGUUUGUAAAUGCAAACAUAUCUGGGGAAAUGGCACAGCUCAUGAUUUCCAACCAAGAUAGAUAUGUACCAUCAUUUAUUAACAAUACAAGGAAUAAAGAAAUAAUCAGUCCAGUUGCUAUGCAUGGUGAUCAACUUUUUGAAGAACGGGCAAGGAAUGUUCAGUGGACUUACAGAGUUGGAGAGAACAAGUUUGAUAAGUUGGAGGGUUUUAGUACAGAAUUUGCUGAUUGGCAUGCAAAGGUCACAUUGUACAAGGUAAUAAAUUCAUUGGUCUAUAUAUUUAUGGGUGAAGAUUUUAAUGUUCUAAUUUUAAAAAAGGAGUAAAAGUUUGAUAACCACCCUGUGCAUUGAAAAAUUUACUGUACAGUAUUUAAGUGUACAGUAUAUAUAAAUGCAUUUGACUACUUUAUCUUACACAAAAAAGUACAAGGUCAAUUAAGGAAAUAAAAUUUUUUGAAAAGCAUUUUCAAAUAUUGCAAUAUCCUCUUUUCGUUGAACAAUAUAGAUUGAAUUUGAUAGAUUUGUGAAAAGUAGCUCUGCAGGUGAAUUAGGCACAACACGUUCAAGUGUGAACAGAACUGGGAAGACAACUGCUGCUCAAGGCAUCGAUAAGAAAUACAACGAGUACAAAGAGUUUAAUGACAGAGAGGUGGAGGCACAUAUAUGUGCUGCAUUCAUGGAAAUGUCAGAUAUGGUUACCAUGGAAUGUGAGUAUACUUAUACUUACUGCAAAUUCUUGCAGUGUAAUAGGAUAUAAAAUAAUUAUGUCAGGAUGUUGGAGAAUGAAAUGGGGGUAAAAACACUCAUCAGUGGGUAAAAAACAUAAAGGGCAAGGAGAGAAGUUCUUCAAUUCAAGUCUGUUCAAUAUGUGCCUGCUUUUGUGAGUAAAAAAAAGCAUGUUCCUUUCCUGUAUGUAUUAUAUUUUCCAGCACUUCCGUCAUAUGAUCUUCCAGAUGACACAGUGCCAAGAGAUGCCAAAUCACAGUGGCUGCUUCUCAUUUGUGAGCAGUUAGUAAAAACCCACCUCUUCGGCUCAGGGGAAAUAACUGAUUUUGUUCAAAAAGCUGAUGAUCUGCAAAGAGCCUUAGGUGGUCCAUUUCAUUGCAGACAAGAUGAUUGUCACAAGAUCUACAACCAACACUCACAGAGAAUAAAGUAUGAAAUUAAACUAUUAUAUUACUGGGUUUAUUUCAAGAACUUUAUAUCACUGCACAAAUAUUUGAAAUAAUCCAUGUUCAGUAGCACAAUUAAUUUAAACUGCAUUGGAGCUAUAAUCUUAUUUGUGCAGUGAUAAGCACAACAUUGUUUUUACAGUAUCGCUGCACCAACAUCAUUAACCCUUUAAAUAGCAAUGUGCCCUGAUGGGACCGUGCUGUCACUCAAUGUGUUGAUCACAGCCCAAGUUGAUGAUCACUGCAAACUAACCCUUUAAAUGGCAAUAUGCCAGGGUUUUUUUCAGGAUUUUCUCUUGGGUCCGUUUGUGCAGAGAAGAUUGAGUUUAGCUGAACAACUGGGUAGCUGCAUCGCCCCCCCCCCCUACCGGGGGGCUGACACUUGUAUUCACUAAAUGUAGUUGAGACGGAAUGUGUUAAAGUAGGGGCACUGGGGGACACUAUAAACUGGUUAAAGAUGGCGAAUGCAUAGUUUUUCUUGUGUUGUGAGAUGAAUUCCAGCCAUUUUUUCUUAAUUGUCGGGUUUCCAACUGAACACUAAUUUCCACACGUCACAAAUUUAAAUCAAACAAAUUCAUUUUUACUGCACUGAAACUUUGGUGAGAAGAUUGAGUUUCAAAACUAAAUUCAAGAUUGAGUUUUUGGGGCCGUUUAACGGCCCUAAAAAAUCCCUGAAAAAAACCCUGUAUGCCCAGAUGUGCCCUGAUUUGUUAUUUUACUUUGUCUAAUACCAGAAGAUUUUACUCAUCAGGGGGAGAGUUCUCCCACUCAAUGAGUUAAAUAAUCACUGAAUAAUUUGCAUUUUCUGUGUUUGUGUACAACAAAAAACAUUACCAUAUUUUCAGUUGCUGAUGCACAGAUGAACCCUCAAUGAACUUAAAAAUCAAAUAAACUACUGACAUGUAAACUGUCUUUUAAUCAGAUAACCUGUGUCUGAAAGCAUUCUAUCUGUCCUUUUUCCUUUUCAAGACAUGAAAUAGAUGUACAUGGAACAAAAUUCAAUGAGUGCACUGCAGCGGAUCUGGAUGAAUUUGGGUACUACAAUUGUGCAGCAGGAUGUGGAUAUGUGUUCAGUACAAAAACAGCCCAAAACAGGUACAAAGAAAUUGGUCAUGAUAUGGCAACCUAAAUGAUAUAAUGAUAUGACAAAUCCACGUUGUUCCUAAACUUUUAAUUGACAAAACAUAAACAAUGAAGGAGAUUAAACUUGCAGUACCACUGACUGUACAGUAUGUACCUGCAUGUACCAUAUACAGUAUCAUGUAAAUUAGUGCAAAGCUGAAUGUUGCAAUAUAUUUCAUAUAAUUAUAUUUUAUUCAGUUUUGCACUAAUUUACAUUUAAUCUCCUUCAUUGUUAUUAUUGCAACAUUUUUAUUCUAUAUAAUAUUCAUUAUGUUUUUGUAAUUACAGACACUUGAGAGACAAAUAUGGAGACUUUGAACAACUAGAUAAUGAAGUUCAGGAUGACAACUGCAUCUUGCCAAAGUCUGACUAUAAAUUUAACUAUCAUCAGUCAAAGCUCAUGUUUGGCUUGCUGUUAAGAGAUUUUAAUGAUACUAUCAGAGAAGGGGAUGGUGAACACCUAUUUGUUUUAUAUAAGCUUGCUCUGUUGCUCUAUCACAGUGAAAAACACACAAAAUAUGCCUAUUUUGUCCUGCUUCACCUUCUAAAGAUUGUUGCUAUACUCCCAGAAUUUGAUGCCCAUAGAUGGAAAUGGAACAGGUUUUACAAUAAGUAUGGUGGUAAAG